UCUAAUAACACUGACAUCUUGAGGCUGUUGUAAUCCUCCAUACCUCCUCCCUCCCUCUCUCUCUCUGCAGAGCAGAAAAGCAGCUGAGCUUGAUCUGACUUGUCCUCCCCGCUGCUGGAAGUGUUUUCUAGCUCCUCGAAACUUAUUUGGGUGCUGUACUCACGCUGUGAUAUGGCCGUUUCUGUUUCUCUCCAGUGUCUGGGGCUCAUCAUGCUGGCAGCGAUCCUCCUGCAGACCAUCGCGGUUGCCGUCAGUUUCCUGUACUUCAACAAAGUCCUGAACACGAUGCAGGAGAGUUUCUCCCGCAGUAGCGUGUCCUGUCUGAUUAAUGCAAAUCUGCAUUAUGAGGUUGAAAAUUCAGCAGAGGACAAGAAGAACGACCCCUGCUGGCAAGUCACGCAACAGCUCCACUACCACAUAGAGAAGACGAUGGCGGACAAAUUCCAGAAGGAGAUAUCAUCUGCUAUGAGACAUAAGCUGACAGGAGUGCUGCCUUUCCUGAACCCUGGGGUCCGAGGGGUCCCUCUUCCUAAAGUUGCUGCCCAUGUGACCGGUGUCAUCUCGUCUACGGAGCCUCCAACCACAGAUGGCCCGCGGAGGAGCAGGGGUUAUCUGGGAGAGAGAAUCAGAGCGUGGGAGGGCCAGAGAGGUCUGUCCUUCCUGCAGAACAUGGAGCUGAAGGGCGGAGAGCUGCUAGUGCCCAGAGCGGGCCUCUACUACAUCUAUGGGCAGACCUACUUCAGACUGCCCUCCACGGGGGAGACGGACGGGGAGGCAAAGGAGGAGGGAGCAGAGCUAGUUCAGUAUAUCUACAAGAAGAUGAGUUCCUACACGGUGCCCAUCCUGCUGAUGAAAUCGUCCCGCAGUGCCUGCUGGCCUCGGGGUCCGGAGCCUGGUCUCUUCUCCCUGCAUCAGGCCGGCACUGCCUUCCUGCAGCCUGCUGACCGCCUCUUUAUCACCGUCAGCAAUGCCAGCGCCAUGGAGAUGGAUGGAAGGGCAAGUUACUUUGGGGCUUUCCUCGUAGGCUAAAGACAGGAAACCUUCCACACAGAAGUGUCCGAGACUGGGAUGACUUGAUAUAGACAUCAAAAGAAGUGAGCCCUUAUGUCAGGAGUUUGCUUGAUAAUAUGAGCAGCGGCCUGAAGGUACAGUGAGAGGAAGGAUGAACUCUGAGGAGUGCAAAGGACUUCUUCUGGAUCACAGAGCUGGACAGAUAUGAUGAAAUGGAGCUGCAACAGCAGACUCUUAGUGAAGGAGAAAGACUGUGCAUUUACUCCAGCAGUGACACAGGUUAUUCAUUCGGUUGUAAAGGCCAGUAAACAGAAUGUACCCUAUGACAGAGUAAGCAUGGAUCGUGUGGUGCAUUCAGAGCAUUUGGAGCAGUACAAUAGCUGCAGAUUUAUUGUGCUCUCGUGUGAAUGACUUCUAUUGAGAACAGGUUUUGCCUGCAGGUCGAACAGUCAAUAGUUGAGCUGUCAUCUGCAGGAAAUGACUGUGCUGUUGAACACAUGACACUUAACGGGUCUUUUAUGAAACUUAAGUAUGAAAAAUGCCACACAAGAUUUUAUGUUUAGUAUUAUGAGUGAAACUUCCUUUUUGUUUACAGUACUUGCGGUUGAUUUUCCUCUUUAUGCAAUGUGUUAAAUGAAUGUGUGGCGUGACACAGAUCAUGAUGCCCUGCAGCCACUAAGAGAAACACGCACGCAGGUUGUCCAAAGGUGUCAGUCUCAUAAUGAAGAAAUAAAUACUUUCAAAGAC